AUGUAUCAGUGCGUCAUAUCUGCAGCGAGAUCCGUCCACAAAGGCUUCCGCACGCCUAGUAGGAUUAAUGAGCCGGGUUGUAUGUUUAGGAGACAAUCCUCAGUUCCCGCAAUGGCAAUUAUUGAGAACAAGUCAACGGCUGGUUUCCGGCUUCAGUCAGAAUCAUCUAGUUCCGGCAAAUCGGGGAUCGCCCUACCGGCUGGCUCCUGGGAUACUCAUGUUCACGUCUUUGAUUCUACAAUUGGACCCUUUGCGUCUUCGAGGUCUUACACGCCUGCCCAAGCGAAUCUGCGACAACUCUUGGAUUUUAGCUCAACCUUGACAGGCAAUCAACCUCUCAACAUCGUCUUGGUCCAACCCUCUCCGUACCGUAAUGACAACACAGUUCUACUCCAUUUACUCCGCAAAUUGCGAGACGAUGGUGCAAAAUCUGCACGUGGUGUUGCAGUCGUUGACAUUGACAAUACAGGCGAUGAGGAGCUCUGGUCGAUGCACCAGUUAGGCGUUCGUGGUCUCAGAAUUAACAUGCAGGCGGAUGGAAAAAGCACCGACGUUGCAGCUUUGCGCAGUGUAUUGGAGAGGACCGCUUCCCGGAUCAGGACGCUUCCAGGAUGGAGAAUCCAGCUGUUUUGUGCAGCAGCAAUUUGGGAUGAGCUGUUCGAAACUAUCUACAAUCUCCCUGUAGAGGUCAUCGCAGACCAUGUCGGGGGUCUUUAUGGUUCUUCAAAACUGCCGUCAAAAUCGGACAGCAGUGUCGUUGACUGUACUAAGCAACCUGGCUUUGCAUCGCUUGUCAGACUUGCCAAGGACUCAAAAGUUAUUAUCAAAGUUUCGGGUCUUUAUAGGCUUUCUAGUCAAACAGACACUGGAUACGAUGAUAUGGAGCCGAUAAUCAAAACUCUUGCUGAUGCAGUACCUGAUCGCCUGGUUUGGGGGAGUGAUUGGCCUCAUACCGGCGAAGGCCACGAUCGGCUAAAGAGAGGCAGAAACGCGAUCGAGGAAUUCAGGGAAAUCGACGACAAAUCGAUCCUACUGAAUCUCAGAGAAUGGGUUGGAAGUGCAGAUGCUUGGGAAAAAAUGACGUUGAUUAACCCAAGGAAAUUGUACGGAUAA